AUGUCGCAGGACACGGGUCUUUGGAGCGUGCGAAGGCCCCGAGAGACCCUAGGAGGCAUCAACCUCAACACCAACAGUGCCAUACCCCAACCUCCAUCCGCCAUGAAGAGAUCAAACUCUGCGAGCGGCUUUGGCGGCAGCCACGUGCGCUCUGUCUCGGGAUCUAGGCAGUCCCUGGCCAUGGGCAGCCGCCCGCCCCAGCCCAUCUUCUCGCGAGCUUCACUCGGCGGAAGCAACCUCGCUGAAAUGGGCAUGUCUUCCGUCAAGCGCGCUUCAAUUGCGCCCAGCAGCGGCUCCCUCAAAACCUAUGCGCCCGCCGGACUGCCAGGCCGCAGCUCAGAAGGCGACCCGAGACGGAGUAGUAUCUACCGAUCGCGGCCUUCGACCAACGGCCCCAUGAACCACCAGAGUUUCUUCCAGCAGGCACCGCAAGCUGCGGGUGUGCCGCGCGAUCCUCGCCCUCUGAGAGACCGAUCGUAUCAGGCGCGCAUUGGGCAGGAAUUAUUAGACUAUCUGGCAAAGCACAACUUUGAGAUGGAAAUGAAGCAUAACUUGUCGCAAAACAUCAUCAAGUCGCCUACGCAAAAAGACUUCAAUUACAUGUUUCAAUGGUUAUAUCACCGCAUUGACCCGGCAUAUCGCUUCCAGAAGAAUAUUGAUCAGGAGGUGCCACCGAUUUUGAAGCAGCUGCGCUACCCUUUUGAGAGGAGUAUCACCAAGUCGCAAAUCGCGGCCGUGGGUGGUCAGAACUGGAGCACGUUUCUUGGUCUGCUGCACUGGAUGAUGCAGUUGGCGCAAAUGCUCGAGGGCUACACGCUUCACAACUAUGACGACGCAUGCAUGGAGGCUGGCAUUGAUGUUUCGGGGGACCACAUCAUUUUCGACUUCCUGAGUUCAGCUUACCGAGACUGGCUGGACAUGGGUGAUGAUGCAGGCGACGAAGACGCCGAGAGAGCACUGGCACCGCACAUUCAAGCCAUGGCAGAGGCUUUUGAACGUUCAAACUCGAAGUAUCAAUCCGAGCUUGACAUGCUUGAAGCUGAAAAUGCCCGGUUACAGCAAGAAAUCGAAGACCUAGAAAAGUCGACACCAGAUCCACGAGUCUUGGAUGACAACUUCAAAAUCAUGGAAGAGGAUAAGAUGAAGUUUGAGGAAUACAACGCCUUGGCGCAACAAAGAUCAGAGAAGUAUGAAAGCCGAGUCGCCGUGCUUGAAGAAGAAUACCACAAACUCAUGGAAGAGCUCAAAGAGGCCGAUGACGAACGUCGCAGCUUGCAAAAAGAGGUCGAUAGCCAGGGAAUAAGCAUGUCGGAUAUUGACCGCAUGACUUCGGAGCGCGAGCGCCUGCAACGUGGAAUCGAGUCGGCUGCUCAGCGCCUCGAGGAUGUGAAGAAGAAGGUUGCAGAAAAGGAAACUGAAGCCAGCCGGAGGCUCGACGAGCUUGAGCGUCUUGUCGACAAGUACAACACCAUAGCCUACCAGAACCAACUCAUCCCCACAACUGCCGAGAACGCCAAGGGGGAGCAAUACGAACUUGCAGUCACGGUCAACGAGUCGGACUUUACAGGUUCAGUUAUGAAGGGGGGUUCCUACGGCGCUUCCUCAACAGGCACCGAACGCCUACUGGCAGACCCGGUUACUGGUUAUCAACCAGCUCACAUCUUGAACCUUGACCUGCGCGGAACAGUUAAGAACAACUUUGCGCAGUUGCGCAAGGAGGUCAGUGAGCGACGUGGCCUCGCCAUGGACGCCAUGAUGAAAGACCACGAACUACUCGACGGCAUUAAGGAGACCAUUGAGGACAAGCAGGGCGAAGUAGAAGCACUGCGACACCGCGUCCGCGCUGCCGAGGAGGAGUACGAGAAGACCAAAGAAGUCACAACCACACAGAAGCUGGCGAGCGAUGCACAAAUCGAGAAGAUGGAGAAGGAGCUCGCCAAAAUGCGCACCCAACUCACAGAGAGCUUGCAAUUCCUUGAGCAGAGGGAGAUGAACACCAACAUUGAGUACGAGCAACUCACACUCAAGGCCAAUGCUCUGCGCGAGGAGCUGCACACGGAAAUUGAGCGCAUGCUCAAUGACGUGAUCAAGUUCAAGGUGCACGUUCAGAAGAACCUUGAAGACUACGAGAGUUUCGUGGCAGACGAGCUCGAGAAAGAGCUCGUGCCCGAGGAGAUGUCGGUGGAUGAAGAGGAAGAAGAGGAUUGA